AGGCGGGGAAGAAGAGGAAGGCUCUCUACAAUGGACGGUGCUCAUCAUCGUGUUGACAUGGUCAGAUUUAUGUCUUUCUACUCGGAGGCUGUUUAGCUCCUUUCCUCCUCCCAUUGUCAUCAUGGCAACCAUCGGGGAAUUCGAUCCACUCAACACGAGAGUCCCCGCAACUAAAAUAGAAGUUACCGUCUCCUGCCGGAGUCUUCUGGAUGUGGAUACAUUCUCUAAAUCUGAUCCUGUGGUUGUUCUAUAUUUGCAGGCUGUCGGAACCAAAGAGUGGAGGGAGUCUGGCCGGACAGAGGUGAUUGAUAACACCCGGAAUCCUGAUUUUGUCAGGAAGUUUGUCUUGGAUUUCUUCUUUGAAGAAAAACAAAAUCUCAGGUUUGAUGUGUACAAUGUGGACUCCCGAAGCUGCAACAUUUCCAAACACGAUUUUUUGGGCCAGACGUUUUGCACCCUUGGGGAAAUCAUUGGCUCCACAGGAGGGCGGCUGGAGAGGACUCUCUCUGGAAUUCCAGGAAAGAAGUGUGGGGUCAUUAUCUUAACUGCUGAGGAGCUCAGCAACUGCAGGGAUAUUGCUACCAUGCAGUUGUGUGCCAACAAGCUGGACAAGAAAGACUUUUUUGGCAAGUCAGAUCCCUUCCUGGUUUUCUACCGCAGCAACGAAGAUGGAACGUUCACCAUCUGUCAUAAAACAGAAGUGAUCAAGAACACAUUGAACCCGGUGUGGCAGCCCUUCACCAUCCCUGUUAGAGCUCUCUGCAACGGCGAUUAUGACAGGACUGUAAAAAUAGAUGUCUAUGACUGGGAUCGAGAUGGAAGCCAUGACUUCAUUGGCGAGUUCACCACCAGCUACAGAGAGCUGUCUCGGGGACAAAACCAGUUCAACGUCUAUGAGGUUAUAAAUCCCAAGAAGAAGGGCAAAAAGAAGAAGUAUGUCAAUUCAGGAACUGUAACUCUGCUGUCCUUCAAAGUGGAGUCCGAGUACACCUUUGUGGAUUUCAUCCGAGGAGGGACACAGCUGAACUUCACUGUUGCCAUAGACUUUACAGCAUCAAAUGGUAAUCCAUCUCAGCCCACCUCGCUCCACUAUAUGAGCCCCUACCAGAUGAAUGCAUAUGCCAUGGCCCUAAAAGCAGUGGGUGAGAUUAUACAGGACUAUGACAGUGACAAGCUCUUUCCUGCCUAUGGUUUUGGAGCUAAGCUGCCCCCUGACGGCAAAAUCUCCCACGCGUUCCCACUGGGUGGCGAUAGCGAAAACCCAAACUGCGUGGGCAUUGACGGCGUCAUGGAGGCCUACUUCCAGAGCCUACGAACUGUUCAGCUGUAUGGACCUACCAACUUUGCACCUGUUAUCAACAAAGUGGCAAACUGUGCAUCAGAGAUAACAGAUGGCUCGCAGUACUUUGUCCUGUUGAUGAUCACAGAUGGAGUCAUAUCUGACAUGGUCCAAACCAAAGAGGCUGUGGUCAAUGCAGCAUCACUUCCACUGUCGAUAAUCAUCGUAGGUGUAGGGCCCGCUGAGUUUGAUGCAAUGGAAGAGCUGGAUGGAGAUGAGGUGAGAGUAUCCUCCAGAGGGCGCCUCGCUGAACGAGACAUUGUACAGUUUGUUCCAUUCCGAGACUACGUGGACAGAUCUGGAAACCAAGUCCUCAGUAUGGCACGGUUGGCUAAGGACGUCCUCGCCGAGAUCCCCGACCAGCUGUUGUCCUUCAUGAAAAGUCGAGGAAUUGAACCACGGCCGGGCAUCUCAUCCUCGCCGCUUCCGUAACCGCACCAAGCGAUUUCGCUCGUCUCCGCCUCUGUCCACCUAAAACUCUGUCCUCCUUUUUGACUCAUCUUCACCGCAAACAGUGAAUUCACUUUGGCUUUUAAAAGGGAAAAGACACAUCCUCUCUUCUCACCAGUCAAGUGCAACAUCAGCAAAAUACUGAAGCCAAGUCCGCCCUCCACUUGCAAAUUUGUAUUUCGAAGCUAAAAUCAACUACAAUUUUGCAUUGUAAUGAUUCCUAAUCAUGAGUCAAAUUCGAGACACACAAUAAAAGCACUGAUGUGGUAAUGACGUCUUGGCAUUGCCUCAAAGCACUUGGUCCCAGAUGCUUCCGUCCACUAGAGGGACAUAUUUCUCUGGUUUAGUAUGUUAUGCUGCAACAUGUUAGCGUCCUCAAUUCACUUAUUUCUUUGGUCUAUUCAAUUUCGGCGGGGAUUUCAAUUCCUAAUUUGGCAAUAUUACUUCAGUUGAAUCAAAAGAAAUGAAUAACUUGUUGCUGGGCGUGUAGGAAGAUCCACUUGUAUCUUCAUUCUUAAUGGAGAACACUUUUACACACACAGGUUCAUUUUGCCACACCCGCCCAUCUUUUCACAGCAUGAAGUGAUGCAGGGUGCAGAUUUGCCCUCCUGCUGUUUGAGAAAUGCCAGUCUCCCUCGCUGGCUGCCCUGCGGAGAGGAGGAUGAGGAGGAGGGAGUGAAGAAAGGAAAAGUGAGGCCGGUGCAAGAGGGCAAGGAAGGAAGUGAAGAGGACAAAAGGAAGAUCCGGAGACUUUAGCUUGAUGCCUGAAAUGAACAUGGAGGAUGGAGGGUGACGUAAAUACAGGAGGAUCACAAAAGUCACACGUUACUCUCUCUCUCUCUCUCUCAUUGUAUGCAUUUUUUGAGAGGGGACCCUCCCUGAUGGAUAAGCGUACAUUCUUUGAAAAGCAAUAGACUUGAUCCUGAGUGUAAUGUUUGCCCUAUGCAUGCCCCGCGCCCCCGCCACGACUCCAUUGGCUGCGAGAAACCGAGCUGUGAUCGAAGGUCGCCCUCUUGUGACCGUCAUUUGUACAGACAACUAUCUGUAUUAUGCAUGAAAAGCUAUCAUCUUCAUACACCGUACUUAUAAUGAUAGUUAUGAAAUGACUUAAUAAUCGAGUCUAAUUUAUCCAUAUGGUGUAUUUUUUAACAUGUUUUUCAUUGUGACGAUUGUGGCUUAAUGGGAUGCUGUAAACAUUUGUGCAAGUAUGUGGAUCAAUUUUAUAACCUUGUUAUUAUGGUAAUAUUAGAUAACGUUGUCCUUGAGUCCCUUGCAUGUUGGGGAAUAAAUGUCCAAGUGCUCAAAAUAGUCUGAAUGAAUAGAUUCGUGAUAUACACGAAGCAGCCACGACAUUAGGUACACCGUCACAGCUCUCCAAUAUAAGAUUUUAAAAAAUAUAUAUAUUACAAUGACAAUAAUGUUGUAUGGUGGUUUGCAAUGGUGUAGAGCUUCACCGCAUCAUAGUGAGAACUCUUUCUAAUAUUUUGCUUAGGAUACCCAUUUAACAAAAUAUUACAAACAGUGCCUGUGUACCUAGUAUUGUGGCUUUUGGCGUAUGUCUGAAUAUUUAAAUUUAACUUGACGAUCAUGUACUGUGUGCAUUGUCUUGCAUAGACCAAGAAAACCUGUCAUAUGGAUAGAAUAGUAGGUAGUGUAAAGCAAUAAAUGGCACUAGCUCAUUUGACAAAAGUAUUCUGACUAAGAGUUAAAGCCCGUGGUCUUCUUUAACAAUAGGAUGCUUUUGUCUGUCUCUCAUCAUUGGUUUAUGCAUGUAUAGAAACGUCCAUACACAGCACUCAGAUUUACUGUGCAGAAAAUCUUGUUUGAAUUCAUUAUACGGUACGCUGAAAAACCCCCCACUAGUUUUACAGUAGACGCUUGGUAGAGAUACAGCCAACUUUUAUAUUUUGUGUAAUGGUGAGGCUAUAUGGCUAUAUUGUAUUU